UUCAGAUUGAAACAAGUGGGUCAGGAAAGGAUAGAUAAGGCUACGGAUAUGGCUACGGUGGAUAUUGCAGAAGGGUAGAGCAAAGAACAGAAAAUGGCGCAAACGCUGGCAAUGCCUGUGGCACCCUCACACGCUAUUAUAUGCAAUACUCGCCUCGUCAAUAGAGUCCCCAUUCCCGUUGUGAACCCUCCGAAACCCAAGGUUAAUGGGUUAAGCAUAAAGUGUGUUCGUGUUGGGGGUGUAGAGAUUCCAAACAACAAGCGAAUUGAGUACUCGCUGCAGUACAUUCAUGGAGUUGGGAGGAGCAGAGCGCGGCAAAUUCUGUGUGAUAUCAACAUCGAUAAUAAAAUCACCAAAGAUCUCAAUGAGGAGGAACUCAUCACUCUCAGGGAUGAAGUUUCCAAAUACAUGAUUGAAGGCGAUUUGAGACGGUUUAAUGCGCUUAAUAUAAAAAGACUAAAGGAAAUUCAGUGCUACAGAGGAAUUAGGCAUAUUCAGGGACUUCCUUGCAGAGGACAGCGUACCAAGAACAAUUGCAGGACCUUGAAGGGUAAGAGGGUUGCCAUUCCUGGCAAGAAGAAAAAGUAAAUAGUUUUUUUUUUUUUGUAUUGUUGUAUUUUUAUCAGCAGUCUUGUCAGAAAUUGGGAAAAAAUCAAUGUUUACUAUGGUUUAAUUGGUUUGAUAAAUCACUUGUAAUCUAUCGGAUUUGGAAGUUUAACUAAAGUUUCUUUGCAAUGCAUACCGUGAAUCACACACUGCAUGGCUCUGUUGAAAAUUUGGUUCUAGGAAGAGAGACUUAGAUAAUAUCUCAUGCUCCUCUUGCCAACUAUUAGAUUAGAAAUAUUAAUGUUGGGUUUAAUGUAUUACUUCCUACUUUCUAUAUCCUAACCUUUUUAAUGGGUUAUGUAGUAUGUGUUGUUCAAGUGAAAUUGGUCUGUGUGCUUAGUUGUAGAAUUAUUUUGGUAGAUGACGAUAAAAUGUUCGAGUCUGGUAUCUUGAAGUUUGGCAAAUGUCAUCAAAUGUUCAAUCUUUUGCACU